UCGUUGCAUGAACUUGCCUAACAAAACGGGACAAUUAAUUCUCGCUAUUCGCGCAACAAACAAUCGCACCUAAACGUUUGAACUUGAAUUUUACAAAAAACAAAGACACAACCAAACAACUUACCCAAAUACAUAAAUAUCGUACGUGUGCAAGUACUUACAUUUGGAUAUCCGUAAUUUUUCAACGGACUGCGGAAAUAUACAUAGUGUGUGUGUGAAUGCCUGCGUUUGUGCAUUUGUAUUAGCCCAAGUGUUGCUAGUGUUGCGAUAUAAUACCCUCAAUCAGUCAAUAGCACGCGACUAACAUUUUUGAAGACGAACCGGCUGAGCAGGCCGCAACUGGCAAAAGAAGAAGACAAAACGGCCGCAACAACAAGAAAUAAAAAGUAAACAAACGAAACUGAAAACUACCUACUCGUGCUGGUGUGCCAUAUUCAGUGAAAUAUAUUGCACUUGAUACUCGUAUUGUAAUCGCGAAUCGGUUAUCUAAUAGAAGCAAGUGGGUGCGCGCCAAUGCAUGACCUAGAAAAACGGCUGUGGUAUUGAGAGUACAGUGGCAAAGUGGAUGAUUCGUAAGCGGCUCAGAAAGAAAUGAAUAAACUUUUCAUUCCAGGCACGUUCAUUUAGCCAAGUCGCAACAUACAGGCUACUGUAUGGUAGUAAAAAAUAUUAACUGUAUUAAAAAGCAAAGAUUUAUUUAACGGAUUUUUAGAUUCACGAACGCUUGAAUGAACUGAAACAAAAACAUUAGAAAAGUUGCAUUGUUUGAAUUUGGCACUGUUGACUAUAAUAAACUCCUAAAUACUCCCAGUGUAUGAGUGACUUUUGUUAUCGUACAAACAGCAAUAAACAACAAAGCGUGUCAAUGAGCGCGAAAGUAAAAGUAUUGCGAGCAGGAUGAGCUUAGCCAUUUGCAGCUAAUAAACAAUUGAAGGAAGUUAAGAAAGCAAAAAUAGUGAACACUUGAACUAAAUGAACACUGACGCUUUGGUGGAGUGCAAGGCUUUACGCGCAGAUACAAAAGGAGUCUGCUAACCAUACAGAACGCAAACCAUUAGCCAGCCACCAUUAGUGUUUUACUGCCAGCAAAUAGGAUCUGUGAUAAUAAAGAAAAGUAAAAUCAAAGUCAAUAUAAAUCAAAUAUAAAAAAGAUAUAUAAAUUUGUGAAUAUAAAAAUAUAUAAAAAGAAAUCCUAAUUGAUACCGCACUUUACCUGUGAACACUGAAACUGAAGAAGAUGAGUGAUAAUUCCAGCAGUCAAUUUGGACACGGGGAGGCCUCUUCGGGCCACGAAGCCAACGCUGGGUAUAAACAAGUUGAUAGUGCACGGCAAAUUAAUGCGGGUCAGGGAAAUGGUGGUCAUACAUUUGUCGUAACAACGGUAAUUACUGAAUCUCUUACAAAAAUGGAAAAUCAAGCUUGCAACACAAGCGAUUCUAGAGUUCAAGAUAAUCUGAAUGGAAUUAACCCUUAUGACCUACCGAAAAACGAGGUAGACCCUAACUCAGUUUCAGCUCUUCCCUCAAGCUCAAAAGUAUUACAAAACUCGAAUAUGUCUAAAGCGAUUGUUCCUAUUUCUUCCUCAUUACCAUCCAAAUUGUUGCGCUUUCAUGCAAAACGCUCGGCUCAAGCUCUGCUGCAGCAGGUCGGACAGUCGCAGUCUUUAGACUCACAGUUUGGCAGCGAUGAAGGUGCCGUAGGUGGUUGUGACUAUGAAACAAACAACAGCCCAGAUGUGUUCGAUAUGCCCAUUCCACUGGCAGCCACACAUGCGCCACUUCCGCCAAGCAACACACCGGUUGAGUGUUAUGAGGAUAAGUUAAUUGAUGUUGGCAUGGGCUCCUCCAUCGAAGACUCCGAAGAGUCAGAAGAGGACGAUGAACUGAAGCCACUUGCGAUAGAUAAUCACGUUUUGCACGACGUUGUCUUAAGUCCAUCCAUUGUAGAGAAUGAAAACAUAUCAUGCGUUGCUAAUACUAUUGCACCUGCCACAGCUGUCUUAAGCGAAGCAAAUUUGGAAAAAUUCCAUAAAAAUCAGAGUCCACAUCAACACCAUCACAGUAAUUAUUGCCGUCAAAUGGAUAAUAUCUAUUUACACCCAAACUUUAAAUUGGAACCUGAUACUAAUGGGGAUGAUAUUCCAGAGGUUUCACCUCCGCCAGCUGUGGCUCCAGCUAAUUCACCUACUGAACCUAAACGCAUGCACCGUUCAUUUUUGACAAUGAAGAAACCUUCGAUAUCAGAAGAAACAGAAUCUGAAAAAAGUACUGCCAAACCUUUCAACGCCACAUCUGUGUCGUCUGCUGUGGAAAAUGUCACUAAACCUGACCUAAGAGCUGACCAAACGCUCACUAAUGAGAUUGAUACACUGGAUCCAGCAUUGAUACCAAGUGAUGAAUUGGCUGCCGAUAUCACAGAAGCUGUGGAGUUUUACUUCUCAAAUGAAAGUAUACUCAAAGAUGCGUUCCUCCUUAAGCAUGUGCGCCGCAACAAGGAGGGCUUUGUCAGUCUGAAGUUGGUAUCCAGCUUUAAACGUGUUCGACAAUUAACCAAGGAAUGGAAAGUUGUUGGCGACGCUUUGAGGCGUAAGUCUCAUAAGAUUGAACUGAAUGAUUUGGGUACAAAAGUGCGUCGUAUUGAUCCGCUGCCUAAUUUCGAUGAAACCAUGCCCUCACGCACUGUCGUCGCCUGUGAUUUACCACUCGAUAAACUUUCAAUUGAAAAAGUAUCUGAAAUAUUCUCCAAAUGUGGAGAGAUUGCAUUAAUACGUAUACUAAAACCUGGCAUGGCGAUCCCAGUAGAUGUUAGACAGUUCAUGAACAAAUAUCCUGAAGUUCAACAAAAAGAGUGCGCCCUUGUUGAGUACUUAGAAUCUUCGUCGGCACGUGAAGCCAAAAACUUGCAGGGCCCAUUUCAAGUAUACGAAAUGGUGGCUCCCAAAAAGAAGACGGGUAAGAAAGCCAUAAUACAGAUAGCCACACCAGUUGCACGCAUGGUGGAGAAUUAUCGCUACUAUAAUGACGCUACAUACGAACGUACACGCGGAGGUAGUUUCAGCGGAGUGAUUCCACAUGACGUGACAGAUCUGCGUUACAAACUGAGACGCUUCAAUUCAGACAUUCAUCCUAAGCCACUGCCGGAGCCUCACCACAACAAUCACAGCGGCCAACCGCAUUAUCAUCAUCAGCCGUAUAAUAUGCACGGCGCACAACAUCGCGGCAGCUUCGCCAGUGAGCACUCGCAUCAAUUUCAGGUAUAUCAGCCACGUGCGGCCAACAACAGCGAGCCGGCGUCUGUCGGCUCAUCUGCGCCCGACAACAACAAUAACGCUGGUGGCUACUUUUACGCCUACUCACCACGUCGCUACAGCAAUAAUUCAACUAUCUCUGCCAGCUCGAAUGCUGUCGUUGAUGCUUCCGUAAAUACAUCACAAAUUAGCGGCAAUAACAUUAACAAAACGAAUGCCAACAACUCAAGCAGUAACUUGGCACGACGAUUGUCAAAUUGUUCGGACAAUUAUUCAACUUUUUCGGACUCUCGACGACCAUCGAACUGUUCGGAAAACGUGUCUCAACGGCGCGAUUCCAAUUGCUCCGAAAACUGCCCAUGCUCUAGACGUAUUUCCGAUUUCGGCCAAACUGAAGUUUACCGAAAAAUUUCUCAAAGCUCUACCGGCAGUGGUGGAGAGCGUCGUUUCUCUAACGGUUCCAUGCAAUUUGAGCGUACAUUUUCUAAUCCAACCGAUGUAAACAGCAACGGAAACAACAACUUUCCACGCCGUAUGUCUAAUGACUAUAACUUUGAGCACCGCAAACAAUCAGUGGACACCCAAACCGACACGCCAUAUGACGACCCCAAUGUUGGUGGUGGCGGCGGUGGUUACAACGUCUUUCCACGUCGUUAUUCGAAUAACUUCAAUGUAGCCAACAAAAUGGCUGCAUAUGACAACGCGCAGUACAUCAAUGGUCGGCGUAUUUCAACUGAUUCCGGUUAUGAUCGACGCUACUCGUUCGGUUCCGAAUAUGAAGGCUCGCCACGUUCGCGCACCGGAAGUUUCCUAAACAAUUACAAGCAUGGUGUUGAUUUCGAUGGGCAACCACGUUCACGAACUGGAAGCUUCCUCGACAACUCACCACGUUCUCGUUCAGGAUCAUUCGCACAAAGAAACUCGGAGAAUCUAGUGCGUACGCCGAUAGGGCCAGAUGGUAGCAAAGGCUUCGCUGGACGUGCUAGAAAGUUCGGGCAAACCAUCUCCCCCGUAAAUUAAGUGUCAAAAAAAAAAAAAGAAAAAAUAGAUUUUCGUUGAUAAACUUAUACGUAAUUUUAAAAAUCUAAUACCUUCAAAUAUUUGUAUAUGCCUUAGAUAUUUAUUUAGACAAUCAUGCGUACAAAAAGUUGAGAAGGAUAAGGUAGUUUAUUGUUGUAAUUCGAAUUUAUUUUUUGUUCUAUCUAAAGCGGCAGUGCUUAGGGGUAUGAUUAGCGCUUCAAUUAUUAUUUUUUACAUCAUGCACGAGUAGAUUUUAUUUGUAUUGUAUGAAAGGGAAAUUUCACUAAUACAAAUGUACAGUGUCGAACAAAAUUAGGUAUACUACGCACUGAUGUAUGUAGUGCUUGCAAAUCCUUUUAGUAUAGCUUAACUUGAAAUACUUAUAAGGAUCAUAGAAAUUGUUAAUUUGAGGGUAAAAAAAUAAAUUUAUGACAACUACGCGCUCCAUUUAAAUAAUCGAAAUGCUUAAGCUACUUUUGAAAACAGACUUUAACUUGAAUAAAUUAAUUUUUAAACUAGCGGAUUUUUCUAAUUAAUGAUGUUGUCAUUCUUCAGCUCUAUAUUUAGCUACGCAUUUAGCACUGAAUAAUUCAAGGUGGCGCAAAAUUAAUCAUCCAAUUUUGUUUUUAAUAAACUUUUUUACUAAAUAAAAAAUCGUUUUAAGUGGCGGAAGGCUUUAUUUGGACGUUUAUGCGCUCCAGUGCUUGCCUGUUUGUUUACUUCAUCUGCCUCAAGGCGCAUCUAUUAAAGGGGGUGCCACUAGACGAACAGCACUGUUUCGUACGUUUGAUUAUCACGGCAAAGUAUUGGCAGAGUAGAAAACAAAGAAUGAAUUCGC